GAACUGCAUUCUUCUUAUUGGAAUCUUAUUCGGACUAUUUGCGGGCACUGCUGCGUAAUUUUACUCGUUUGGAAGAAUGUUUGCCCUUUUCGCCUCUUGUGUGCAGGCUUUUGAACAUUUGCUCAUGCCAAGUGAAAUCAGUCUUCAAUCAGAAAAUCUGCGAUAUACAAAGACUCAAUUUGGAAAAUGUAUAUAUUAACAUCCUCACACUACCGUUAAAGACAUUUGAACACCAUUUUUUCAAAAGUUGAACCAGUUGGAAAUGUGUUUGAACGCAAAAACAAAUCGCAAGCUAGCAUAAAAUGUCAAGAAACUGCUGUACAUAUUGUAGCAUUCGUGUACUUGUAUUUAAGAGGCGGGGCCUGAUGGGCCGGCGUCUGACGUCAUCAGGUCUGUUUGCCAAAGUUUGUCUGACAGUAGCCCAAACGGAAUAAAAAUGCAAAUAAACACCUAACGCGGACUAAAAAUCCUGAAACCGAAUGGAAUUUCCUAACCCUUUCACACGGGUAGAAUAUUCCUUUCCUCAAACUGAUCCAAAGUCAAUCGGAAGGUUUUCGGGUUGCGUUCUGUCUGCGCAAACUCUGUCUCUUCGCUAAUUGCUGCCUGGUGGUUUUAACUUCCUGGCUGAUGUCUUGGAUGUUACUUCAGUAUUUCCACAUCAUCUUUUCUCGUCAUGACGCCAUCUAUUUUGUCAAAAUGCACACCAAGCAACCCCACAACAUGAUGCUGCCACCCCUGUAUUUCAAAGUUGGGAGGGUGUUCUCAGGCUUUCAAGCGUCCCUCUUUUUCCUCCAAACGUAAGCAUGCUCACGAGUACCGAGCGCCGUCAUUUCAGUGAACGACUCGGCCGGCGGUCCGCCUGCUAGCCCGCAAACUCGCUAGCUCGCUAGUCCGUGGACCGGCAUCAGCGUCACCGCCUCAUUCGGUUUUGUGUCGGGUGUGGGCCCACAUAACGGAGACACUUCAGGGAACGUUUCCCGUUCAUUGAACACAGCGGCACAUGUUAUUCAAUUUUUGCAAUCGGUCAACUAAUUGGAUCGUGUGUAAAUUCCAGUCUGUCGCAGCAGCAAGCAGCUGCUCAUCUAUAACAUUAUUAGCAUGCAGCUUCAAGUGUUUAAGGUAUGUGUAAACUAUAUAUACACCGGUUUCUGUAUGCCCUAAAAGUAUCCCUCGUCAUCCGAGGUUGGUAAAUUAAAUGCAUUAAAUGCAAUGAAAAGGAUCAUUCGAACUUACAGAAGAAUCGCCCUCUACCUUUGUUGACCAGCAACACACGAACACGCUGCAGUUUGUAUUCCACCUGAUGUUGAAACUAAACCAGACUCUAAUGUGAGACUUUAAGGGUUUGGCUGGGCUCGUACGUUUGCUUUCAAGUAAAGAAGACUUGGUCCCACCUCUUCCAACAACGGCGGGUACGAGCUUAUUACUGUACGUCAGUGAAGGUCUUCGUCCCGAGUGGCCUCACAUUAAAAAGGAAGAGGCCGGUGAAGAGCGCCACCAUAUUAAAGAGGAAGAGGAGGAUGACGAGCUCCACCACAUUAAAGAGGAGGAGCUGGAGUGCCUUUACAAUAAACGGAAAGAAGAGCCUCCUCACAUUAAAGAGGAGAAGUGGGAGCACUUUCACAUUGAGCAGCAGCACCAGCAGAUGGCCCGCAUCAAAAAGGAGGAGGAGCCCCCAUACGUGAAAGAGGCGGAGGAGCGUGUCACAGAGUUGCCAUCGACCGGUGUCCCCCUGAAGAGGGAAGAUGAAGCUCCAAGUGAGAACAGCGGAGGGGCGGAGCCUGCGAGCAGCAGCAGCAGCAGCUCGAGUCGACACGCGACAACAGAAGGUGAAGGAGACCGCCGCGGACCAUCACAAGCAGACGGCCUCUUAGCUCCGCUGUCGGACGGUGACCGCGCCACGUCACACUCUCCGUAUACUGAAGAUGAUGAUGAUGAUGAUGAUGAGGCUGAAUGUCAUCAUGAGGCAGGUCGCACAGACAAGAAACGAUGGGAAUGUUCUCAGUGUGGAAAAACCUUUGCUUCUAAGUGCAGUUUGAAAGUUCAUAUGACGACACACACUGGAGAAAAACCUUUUGCCUGCUCAGUUUGUGGUAAAAGAUUCUCUCAUAGCGCAAGCUUAAGAAGUCACACAAGAACCCACACGGGUGAGAAACCUUUUGCGUGCACAGUUUGCGAUCAAAGAUUCUCUCAGAAAACAAACCUAAGACAGCACACAAGAACACACACUGGAGAGAAACCGUUUGCCUGCUCAGUUUGUGGUAAAAGAUUCUCUCAUAACGCAAGCUUAAGAAGUCACACAAGAACACACACUGGUGAGAAACCGUUUGCCUGCUCAGUCUGUGGUCAAAGAUUUACUUUUAAUGGAAGCUUAAGAAGACACACAAGAUCACACACUGGAGAGAAACCUUUUGUCUGUUCAGCUUGUGGUAAACGAUUCAUUGAAAAGGGAGACUUAAAAAUACAUACAAGAACACAUACUGGGGAGAAACCUUUUGUUUGCUCAGCUUGUGGCAAAACAUUCUCUGAAAAGGCACAUUUAAGAAUGCACACAAGAACACAUACUGGUGAAAAACCUUUUUCCUGCUUAGUUUGUGGCCAAAUGUUCUCUCACAAAGGAAGCUUAAAAAUACACACAAGAACACACACUGGUGAGAAACCAUUUGCCUGCUCAGUUUGUGGUCAAAGAUUCUCUGAUAAUGGAAGCAUGAGAAGACACACGAGAACACACACUGGCGAGAAACCUUUUCCUUGCUUAGUUUGUGGCCAAGGAUUCUCUCAAAAGGGAACCUUAAAAAUACACACGAGAACACACACUGGUGAGUAACAUUUUGCUUGCUCAGUCUGGUCAGAGAUAUUCCAGUAAUGAUUUGUUGAAAAGACAAGUGUGCUCGUGGAAAUAGUAGUGACCAAUGAAGCUCUCAAUGAAAUUGUAGAUGUUGACAUUUCAGCGCGUUGAAUGGAUCGCAACAGGACUGCUCUGUGGUGGACUGUGUGCGGUCGGACGUUUCGCCUCUCAUCUGAGCACGUGGCAUCAGUUCAAGCAAAAAGGCUACAUAGGACAGCGCUAACCUUGCUAAGAAAACCAGAACCAGUGCAUGCCAAGACCCUGAGAAUGAAAUGACUUGUGUAAUCUUGGAACGAAUGACUGUAAAAUUACAUUUGAACAAUCUUUUAUCCUAUCUCCCUUGUUGUAUUUUAUGUAUCUUGUAUUCUGUGUAAAAGCCUUCAGUGGACAAGUGUGGCCACUUAAGUGGA